CAGGUUUAUUAAGCAGAAAUGAAGAAUAAAAAGCAAUGUAUACAAAAUGCUGAAGAUGAAAAUCAUGAGGAUACAGAAGCAGGUGAAGACAAUGAAGAAAACCGUUCCUGUUCUUCUAGCAUUUUUUCUGAUGAAGCUGACAGGUGCCCCAUCUGCCUCAACUGUCUGGCAGAGCAGGAAGUUGGUUUUCCUGAAAACUGCAGUCACAUAUUCUGUGUGACAUGCAUCCUCAAAUGGGCUGAGACCAGAGCUUCGUGUCCAGUUGACCGCAAACAGUUUCAAGCAGUAUAUAAAUUAAAUGUACUGGAAGACUGUAUAAAGGUUCAGAUAAAGCAACAAGUAAGCAAAAAAGAUGACCUACUUAGCUGUAAUGAGGGCAAGCAUUGCCCUAUGAAUAUGAAAAGCUUUACAAGAAAGCAAGAAAAUGCAGUCUCAAAACCUUUGAUAGCAAUCUUCUGGAAAGGCUGGAACCAAAAAUACAGCUCUUCAAAUAAUGAAGACAAAAAUGCUGUGUUGGUGAAGAAAAACAAGGCCAGAAGACAGACUUGUUCAAACAGAUUCUUCAGAAGUAACACAUACAAUAGAUCUUUUUCCAGUAGUAGUUUCACUGGCGAAUCUCCUAAUCACCGCAAUGAGUGUAUAGAGAUCAGCAAACUUGACACACUUGUUGAACACAAGAGAAGAGAACUGGAGCUGUCAUGUUCUGUGCUGGCUAGAGUAGAAAGAAUCCCUUCCAUGUGCUAUGAAAUGGAAACUUGUCUCCGUGUACCUGCUGUUGUGGUGGGAACACUCUUUCCAAUAAACACUACGCCUUUGGAAAACUUUGGAUCUUUAGUAAAGGGGUAUGCUGUUACGUAUGUCCAGGAAGGAGAGGAGAAAAAACAAACUUCUGGUACAGCUGGUACAAGAGGAUCAAGAAGGAAGAUUUCAGAUAAUACUCCUAGAAGGAGAUCUGCCCGGAAUACUAAAACAGAAACUGCAAGUCAGUCUCAGAGUUCACCAAAAUCGAGCAGUUCUGGAUGUGAGGCUAGUGGUGAUGGUAGCUCUUUUGUGAAUGCUUCAUGUGCAGAAUCUGAAAAAAUACCUCCAAAACGAAAGGCCAAGAGAGCAGUAAAACAGCAGGAACCUUUAGUUAAAAAGAAACUCAGAAGUUAUGGACGUUGUAGAAAGUCACCUAGUGAUCUAGUUGAAGAAGGUGACUCUGAAACAGAGGUGACGACGCUGCAAGAUAAAGGCAAUUUACCAGAUAUUGAAAACAGUACCCCUGACUUUAGUUGCAGAAGUGACGUAGAGUUGCAAUCUGCUAAUGGAUUAGAAAAUUCCAAGGACCAUGUAGAAUGCAAGGAACUUACAGAAGACUCUUGCAAAGGACAGGAUACUUCAGAAGUGUUAGACAUUGAUCCUUGUGUUCAAGAACCACCUUUGCUCAUCCCUGAAGGUGAAACUGAGAAAUGUGAUGUGGCAGAUGAUACUGAGUUGGAAAGUGAGAGAUGUUCAAGUACCAUUGAACAAGUAGACCAACCUGUACCAGUUCUUGGGGAAGAAUUUUCUGAUGAAACAGUAACGCUUACACAACAGCUCCAGGAAUUAGGCAGUUCAAAAACUGAACUGCCAGGAAAAGUGGAAUUGGUGGCAAUAGCAGACGAACCUUUGAAUCGUUCUGAGGACAAAUUAGCAUUGGAAGCUGAAUCUGUGGCAGUAGCAGAUGAGCCUAGCCCUGAGAGUGAGUUACAGGAGAAACUGGAAUGUGUGGAAUCAGAAAAGCUGUUGAUGUCUGGCCCUGGAAAUGAAUUACUGGGUCGAUUGGAAUCCGCAGCAGUAACAGAUGGGGUGUUGGACAGGACGGGAAAUAAGAACCCAGAGGAGCCUCUGGCAGGUCAUUGUAUUCAUUCUUCCGAUUCAUUUCCAGAACAAACUGUGGCGGGAGAAGAGCAGCCAUUAGGUAGUCCUAGAAGCAAAUUACUGGAACUGCAGGUGUCACUGGAAAUGGAAGAUCCUGAAACUGAAGAAAAAGAAGCAAAUACACUUGCAAAUAAUGAAGACCAAAAAUAUACUGAUUUAUUGUUGAACAUUGCUUCAGGUAAUAAAUGUGAUCAAUCUUUAGAAGAGGACAGAGAAGAAUCCAGAAUGAGUGUAUUGCCAACGAUGCAUACUGAAGAUGCUAAGUAUUUCAAUGACGAUAACAAUGAAAUAGUAGCUAUGGAAUGUGAUUCAUUUAGCAGUGACCAGAAUGAGCCUCACAUAGACCAGCCACUAGUGAGUGGCCCUGUAGAGCAAGAGACAGAUUCUUUGCUACAUGAAGUGGAACAUUCUACAAGUUUUACAAGUCCAGAAAAGAAAGAAGAAUCAGAAUGCUCUGCAGAACUUAAAAAAGAUAAAAAGACUCGAACUAGAAGAUCAAGAUUUCAUUCUCCAUCAACAACUUGGUCUCCAUCCAAGCGAGAAGGAAGAAAAUCUCAGUCUCCAUCUCCUGAAAGGGUGACUGUGGCUGAAAGCAGGAUGUCUCGGUCUCCUCGGAAGGAGACUGUGGCUGAAGGCAGGAUGGCUCAGUCUCCCAAAGGGGAUACUUCCAAAGAAGGGCAAAGGUCUCUAUCCCAGUCUCCAAAGUGGGAUCAACCAAGAAAAAGGAAAAAAUCUUUAUCCCAGUCUCCAAAGAGGGAUCAGCAGAGGGAAGGGUCUCUGUCUCAGUCUCCAAAGAGAGAUCCUCAAAGAGAAGGGAGGUCUCGGUCCCAGUCUCCGAAGAAGGAUCUACUGAGAGAAGAGAGGCGAUCUUUGUCUCAGUCCCCAAAGAGGGGUCUGCUGAGAGAAGGGAGGAGAUCUCCCUCUUGUUCACCAAAGAGGGAUGGAUUGAGAGAAAAGAGGAGGUCAUCACGGACACGAGCGAAAGACUCCUCUCCAAGGCACAGAUGUAGGUCUCAGAGUAGGGACAGAGAUAGUGAUAAAGAGGGGAUAAGACGAGAGCAUGACAGAGAGAGGGGUAGGAGAAGGUGGUCACAGUCACGCUCAAGAUCUAGAUCCAGAUCCAGAUCCAGACCAAGGAAUAAAGGCCUCUCAUUUCCUAGAAAUGACAGAGAUGGCUAUUCACCUCCUAGAUGGAAAGAAAGGUGGACAAAUGACAAUUGGAAAAGUCCCAGAGGAAAUGAUAGGUACAAAAGAAAUGAACAGGAUAAGCUGUCUGAGAACAUGAAGAGAGAAAGGGGCAGCACAAACAAAGAUGAUGAUACACCACUUGAUCCUGACCAGUAUAGUAAAGAUUAUCCAGACUGGGUAAUGGAAAGGAUAAAUUCUGUUCCAGAAGGCAGGAACAGAGAUCGGGAAAAAUUUAAAAGUCCACCAUGGGAGGAAAAUAGACACAAUAAUUCAGGGCCUCCUUGGAAUAGAAACUUUGGAUCUGGUUGGAAUUCAAACCGUGGCAGAGGGGGCCGAAACAGAGGGGGCCGUGGCAGAGGUGGCUUUUUGUACGGAGACCAGAGUGAAAGUUGCUGGCAAACACGUAAUCCCCACUCAGGAAACACAAACAGUACUGCGAAUGAGAGUUCAAGAUUUCCAGAACAUCAGCCAUACAAACGCAAGUCAGAGCAAGACUUCUCUUUUGAUACACCGGCUGAUAGGUCGGGCUGGACGUCUGCAUCUAGCUGGGCUGUAAGAAAGACCUUACCGGCAGAUGUGCAGAAUUAUUAUUCCAGAAGAGGCAGAAAUUCUCCAACUCCACAGUCUGCAUGGACAAAACAAGAGGAAGCAGCAGCACCUGAGCAAGAUCCAACCUUCAAAGACCAAACUAGCCAACAAGGUGAUAAUUCUCAACUACCAAUAAACAUCAUGCAACCACAGAUGAAUGUAAUGACACCAGUAAAUACGCAACAUCAGCCAAUGAAUAUCUUCCCGUAUCCAAUGGGUGUUCAUGCUCCCAUUAUGAACAUUCAACACAAUCCAUUUAACCUCCCACCGCCGGUGCCCAUGCAUCUUCAUACAGGAGUGCCUCUUGUCCAAGUAGCAACACCCACCAAUGUGUCUCAGGGACCACCUCCACCACCACCACCUCCACCACCGUCCCAGCAGGUUAAUUAUGUUGCCUCCCAACUGGAUGGAAAACAAUUGCAGGCUGUUCCUAGUACUUCCCAUGGAGCCAACAACAUGGGUACACCAAUCCUGCCUGCUUCAACAGCAGCUUUGGGAAACAUGGAAGCAGUUCAGGGACCAAGUUCUGGUAAUACAACAUCGUCAAGUAACAUCAAAUCUUCUAAUGCUGCUGUAAAAUUGGCUGAAAGCAAAGUAAGUGUAACGGUGGAAGCCAGCGCAGAUAGCUCGAAGAAAGACCAGAAACUGUUAAUUCAGGAGAAAGCUGCACAAGAAGUGAAACUGGCUAUUAAGCCGUUUUACCAGAAUAAAGAUAUUUCUAAAGAAGAAUAUAAAGAGAUUGUGAAAAAAGCAGUAGACAAGGUUUGUCACAGCAAGAGUGGGGAAGUGAAUUCUGCAAAAGUGGCAAAUUUGGUCAAAGCUUAUGUGGACAAAUACAAACAUUCAAGGAAGAAAAAUCCCGAAGAAACCAUUUCUGUGGAAAGAAAAUGAGUCAGCUGGAAAAUGCCAUCGAGAUGUCUGCAAAGUGCAAUUUUGACAUGGACUAUUAACAAAAAAAUAGUGGAUGAAAUCUGAUUUUGAUAAAAUUAUUUUUCAAUAUAGUGUAUAAUGUUUUGUUAUAAAUAAAUACAGAUUAAUGCUGCAACUUCUUUAUCCUUUUGCAAAAGGAUAUGUAAAGAGAAACUGAAAGGAAUAAAGGAGAGUGCCCCCGCUUAGUAAUAUACAAUUGUGUGAAUACCACAUGUACAGUAUUUUGGUUCAAACAGUGGAGUGCAGAGGCACAAAUGUUUGUCAGAAUACUGAUAUUUGGAAAGGAGUAUGUACAAUAUAUGUAAAUCAGUCAAGGUGAUUUUUUUUCCUUUGGUCCUCCUGUCAAUCCUAUCCAACCCUUUCAGUUCUAGUACAAUAAAGUAUUUUGCUUCAA